GGGUGCACCUGACCGUCGGCUCAGUGGCUCGAUCGAUGCAGGAGUGUGAGGAGGUGUGGAAGUGGCGCUCAAUCACCACAUUCUUACUUAUUUCGAUUAUAUAAACUAUACGAUCAGGAUAUUUCGUGAAUUCGAGACCUAGUAACCUGCGGAAAAGGAGGUGGGCUGAGCCGGCACCAUGAGUUAUCAGAUGCCCCAGCAAGCGCGGCCGUUGUCACAGGGUGGUUACCACAACCCUGCAGAUAUGCCUAUGCAGAACCCCAAGGAACAGAUUGCCAUGUGGCAACAGAGCACGUACAUGAGUGACUCGGGCAUCCACUCUGGCGCCACCACUAAUGCUCCAUCCCUUUCUGGGAAGGAGGAGGAAAUGGACGCCGAGUGGAUAGAGGGCCAAGCACAGCAGGGCUUUAACCAGGCAGCCUUUACAACAGAGCAGGUCGAUGACAUGAACCAACAACUGAACCAGACUAGGUCACAACGUGUCCGAGCUGCCAUGUUUCCCGAGACUCUUGACGAGGGGAUGGAGAUUCCCUCUACCCAGUUUGACCCGCAGCAACCCACUGCAGUACAGAGGCUGGCAGAACCCUCACAAAUGCUCAAGCAUGCAGUGGUGAACUUAAUUAACUACCAGGAUGAUGCCGAUUUGGCCACACGUGCUAUUCCCGAGUUGAUCAAAUUACUGAACGAUGAGGACCAAGUCGUGGUGUCACAGGCAGCCAUGAUGGUGCAUCGUCUCAGUAAGAAGGAGGCAUCCCGUCAUGCUAUUAUGAACUCACAACAAAUGGUAGCAGCUCUUGUUCGUGCCCUCUCCAACUCAAAUGACUUGGAAACAACACGAGUGACUGUUGGAGCUUUGCACAACUUGUCCCACCAUCGUCAAGGUCUCCUUGCCAUUUUCAAAUCUGGUGGCAUCCCUGCUCUAGUUAAACUACUCAGCUCGCCAGUGGAGUCUGUCCUGUUUUAUGCCAUCACAACUCUUCACAACUUAUUGCUGCACCAAGAAGGCUCAAAAACUGCUGUGCGUAUGGCAGGUGGGCUUCAGAAAAUGGUUGCUCUUCUCCAGCGUAACAAUGUCAAGUUUCUGGCCAUUGUUACCGACUGUCUGCAGAUUCUGGCUUAUGGCAAUCAAGAGUCAAAGCUCAUCAUCUUAGCUUCUCAGGGACCACAGGAGUUGGUGCGCAUCCUACGUUCCUACACAUAUGAAAAGCUUCUAUGGACUACCUCACGAGUUCUCAAAGUUCUGUCUGUGUGCUCAAGCAACAAACCAGCUAUUGUAGAAUCUGGGGGAAUGCAGGCUCUAGCUAUGCACCUAACGCAUCAGUCGACUCGUCUAGUGCAGAACUGCCUUUGGACGCUGCGUAACCUUUCUGAUGCAGCAACUAAAGUUGACAACAUGGACCAGCUUCUUCAGAACUUGGUGCACUUGCUGCGUGCCAGUGAUAUCAAUGUAGUGACCUGCGCUGCUGGCAUCCUCUCUAAUUUGACUUGUAACAACCAGAGAAACAAAAUAACAGUUUGCCAGGUUGGUGGUGUCGAGGCACUCGUGGCCACCAUCUACAAUGCUGGAGAGCGAGAGGAGAUUACGGAGCCUGCGGUGUGUGCACUACGUCAUUUAACUGCUCGUCAUCCAGAGGCUGAAGUUGCCCAGAAUGCAGCACGACUGAAGAAUGGCAUUCCUAUUAUUGUGAACCUCCUCCAUCCACCAUCCCGCUGGCCAUUGGUGAAGGCUGUUAUUGGUCUGAUACGCAACCUGGCGCUCUGCCCUGCUAACCAUGCACCACUCAGGGAGUCUGGUGCUAUUCCUCGGCUGGUGCAACUCCUCAUCAGGGCUUUCCAGGACACUCAGAGGCAACGGUCAUCUGUGGCCAGUGGGGGUUCUGGUAGCAUUGGAGCCUAUGCCGAUGGAGUACGUAUGGAGGAGAUUGUGGAGGGAACAGUUGGUGCCUUACACAUCCUAGCACGCGAGUCACACAACCGUGCUAUCAUCAGAGGGCUCAAUGUCAUCCCUAUCUUUGUUCAGUUGCUCUAUAAUGACAUUGAAAACAUUGAACGUGUGGCAGCAGGAGUGCUCUGUGAGCUGGCAGCAGAUAAAGAAGGGGCAGAGAUGAUUGAGCAGGAAGGUGCGACUGCUCCUCUUACCGAGCUUCUCCAUUCCCGCAACGAGGGCGUUGCCACGUAUGCGGCAGCUGUGCUGUUCCGCAUGUCGGAGGAUAAGCCCCAGGAUUACAAGAAACGGCUGAGUAUGGAGCUUACCAAUUCUUUAUUCCGUGAGGAUGGCUCUAUGUGGCAAGGGGAUAUGGCUGCCAUGCCCCCAGACCUUCAAGACUUUAUAGCUCCCCCUGAAGGUCACUAUGAUCCCAUGUAUGCACAGGGGCCACCGAGUGUUCACAGUGGCCAUGCUGGGCCUAACUACCAAGGAGGCUACGAUCAUGUGCCUGUGGACUCGAUGCAAGGCUUGGAUAUUGGUUCUCAGCAUGGAGGUCCAGGAUCAAAUUAUGGUCCUAUAGACCCCAGGGAUCUACCUCCAGGCCAUCCCGGCCAUCCAGACUUAACAUUUGAUCAGCAAAUGCCACCACAACCUCCUCGUGACAAUAAUCAGAUGGCAGCUUGGUAUGAUACUGACUUGUAAGUUAUCAUCAACCACAAGAUAACAUGUUUUUAAUUAUAUAUACAGUAAACAGAGUGACCUACGGUCAUACGAGUACAGUACAUUAAAUAUACUGUCAUUGGCUGCCCACUAUAGUAAUUUCAAGUCACCAUUUACGUACAUUUUUUGUGCCUAACCUGCAGGCUAGGUACAGUACCAAGAUAUAUUGGCCAUGUACGAAGAACCAAAUAGUGAAAUGUGGGUUAGAUAUUUGUAUAAAAAAUAUAUGAACAUAAAUGAUUGGCACUUUUUUUUUUUUUUUUUUUAAUUAUUUAUAACACUUGAAUGUCAAAUGAAACCUGGAAGAGCGCAGGAUUCGUUAAAUUUAUUAGGUUAAUUUGGUCCAAAUUGUAUUUUUUUUCAGCCAUUCUUAUUCUGUACCGGUACUGAAUUUCAUAUGCCCUUUAUUUGUAAUAUUUGUUGUUGUUAACCAUUACAACUUUUGAGCGCAUGCAAGGAAGGGCCUUUCCAAUAAUUGUUCAUUUAUGUCUCAGGUGCUGCAGCAGCUUUUUUGUUUGCUUUUAGUUUUGAGUGUAGGCAAGUGCACAGCUACUAUGGUGUCUUGUUGUGCAGCUUGUGAGGUAGCUGUUUCAUGGACAUACCAUUAUUGAUUGAAUAUUAUGCAUUUAAUUGUUUGUGGAAUUAUGGUUUGUUAGACCUAGUUAAAGUAUCGUGUCAGUGACUUCAGGAUAUGUUGUGUUCAAAAAUGGAUCUUUUAAACGUAUAGAAUUGCAUCAUUGCACAAAUUGAUCAGAAAUAGGCUUUGACUUAGAUUUGUAUACCAAAUUUAAGUAGAUGCAUAUGAUGAAUUUGCAGAUAAUUUAUUCUUGACCAUUCUAUAAUGAGUGAUGAACCAUCAGGUAGGUGUAAGGUUAUGGUUGGCUCUUGAGUGAGCAUGUGGACUCGGAAUCCAUAAGAACUAGUUGGUAUUGGUCCACCAUAAUAUUUUUUACCACUUUCUCUAGUUAGCUUCGCUGUAACAAACUGUUCUUAAUACACUGUAGAUUUCACAAGUAGAAUAUGAACUGAAUAAAAAGUUCUAAGCUUUUCUUGCUGUAAAGGACAAUCACCUCUGAGCAAAGUUGUAACAGUGAUUAUUAUGUGUUGUUUACAGACAGGUUUUCAGUACCUAUUAGAACUUUUGUAGGUUAUAUAUUCAUUUAUUAGGUUAUGUGAAUCAUCAUCCUACUCAUCCUGAGGAGUGAUUGAGUGUAUCCAAAGCCUUGCAUUUCAUGGCUCACUGAACCUUUUUUUUUUUUUUUUUUUUUUUUUCAUGUUCUGUGAGUCAUGUGGAAGCAGUUUAAUUUCACCUAAGAUGAUAUAGUGAUUUCAAUUAUAAACUACGUGAAGAAUGUGGAUGUUAAAGGCAACUGUUACCUUUUAAGCAUAGGGAUUAGUUGUUCUGAUUUUAUUAGUGGUUCAGUAGGGCCUCUAUUUCUUCCAGUCAAUAGAAUUACAGUCCUUAGUGAAUUACUGUCUCAGGUCAACCAGUCACUAUUCAUGUGAAAAUUCAUUCUCAGAUCCUUGGUUGCCUUCAUUGACAGUCUUCAUGUAGCUGCAUAUAUUCUGAUAACAGUCGUGAUAAAUAAUGUAAAUAGCCAGGGAUAAUUUCUUUGUUUACAAUUUCAGUAGUCGUUACUGAGGGUACUUGUAAACAUUGCAUCAUUUCUGUCUGUGAAAUUUUUAUCUCUAGUUUUAGAAUACAUAUGCACUCCUUCCCACCAUAUCUUGGUUUACAAUGUGCCACAGUAUUAAAGUAUAAAGUGAAUUGCAAGUGAAUGAAGUCAUACAAGUUCACAUCUAUGUUCUUUUAUUCACAGCAUCUGUUUCUCGAGUGCAUAGUGUGUGUACGAGCAAGACCUGACACAUUUAUUGCCAUAUACACCAGCAGCUCGUACAUGCACUAUGGACUGGUUGAAACUUUCAUUCAUGAUAUAUUUAGUUUACAUCAUUUCUAGGAAUCACUGGCUGACAACAGCAGCUUUCAAGGAGCUACAAAGAUGUUUUUUAACAGCAUGUUCUUUGAAAGUUUGAGGGUUGCAGUUGUGCCUCAGUGUUUCCUAAGUUUAUCCUGUCAAACACUGCGUUUGUUAGAUUCGUAGUCAAUGUAUCAGUUCAUCAGAUUAUCCAGUGUAAGUGAAGUGAGAAAUAGAAUGUUUUUUUAUGA